AUGGACGGAACUGAGGAAAGAACCGAUGAAAUUGCCCUGCCCAGGAUCUUCAUAGAGUCCAAUGCACUCAACAAGGAUGAGUUGGAAGUGAAUUUGGCAAUGGUGGUGGAAAAAUUGAAGUCUAAAAAAUCUACGCAAUUACCCACGAUAAAUCCUGAUGAUCUGAAGAAGGAUGCCAUUCAGCGAAGGAUCGAUGAGAGUAAUAAGGUACUCGGCGAACUUCUGAGAGACGGAAAUGAGCUGGUGACUAAUAUCCGAAUUGCCAAUGACAAGCGUGAAAUUGAUCGCCGCGCAGAUGAGGCACAACUCCGGGAGGACCUUCUGGAUAAAUUGAAUGUUGAAUCAGAGACGGCGACAUUAAAAUUUCAGGGUAUCACAGAACGAUGGAAAGAAUUAGAGACUGUAAAGGAUCCGUUCAACAUGCACGAAGGACUGGAAGAACAAAAAGAGCGUAUCCGGGAGCUGACGCAUCAAAAAGAUGAUAUUAUCAUGGAGUGUUGGAAGGAGUUGAAGAAGGCUGAUGAGAGAUACUAUCACGAUCAGGAGAAGCAGGCAUCGGACAUUGUGUGCCUUGUAGAGAGAGUGGAUCAUCACAUUGAAGCAAUGAAGUCAGCGUACAGGAAGCACUUGGACGUUCUACAACAAACAAUUGACCAAGAAAGAUCACGGAUUAAGGCUGGAAUUAACAAGAAGUGGGAGGAUCUAUACGGUGAGCGUCAGGAAAAGGAGAAGAAAAAGUUGUUGAAUGCUAAGGAGAAGUCUGACUUUUUUGAAGCGGAAAUUGAAAGGAUCACCGUUCAACAUGAAGAACUCACAAGAGCCACUAAAAUAAACCUGGAGCAUGACAAUGAAGCUCUCCAGUUAGAAUUACAACGAGUGAAGGCAAAUAUUCUACUUAACUCAGAGAAACUGGAUUACAAUUUUGAAGUCCUGAAACGACGAGAGGAAGAGAACGUGAUAAUUCGAUGCCAGCAGAAGAAACGUCUCAUGAGGAUGAGUGAAGCAAUUGUGACAUUAAAAAGGAAGAUCAAGGAUACCACUGCUCAAUGCGACGGUGAGUGUGGAAAGCUCCAGACUGAGAUAUCUAGGCUUCAAACUCAGGUUCGUGAUAUUGAGGCAUCGGCGGCAAUCUUCGCGGACACCAGCGAUUCCAAUUAUCGUGGAAUAUGGGAGAUGAAUUACUCUGAGGCCAUGAAGUUGCUUAAUCAGAUUUUGGAAAUUGAUGAACAACUCCACGUUAAUCAAUUAGGAGCCGAAGCACCAUCCAGUGUUCCCCAGUUGAAUAUCCUUGAGGAUUUACCUUCAUUUCAAGCGGCAUGCGAGACGAUUGAACAGGAAAAAAAGAAGAAUCUCAGUCAAUCACGUGGUCAGAAGUUAUCUCUAACGGCCGAAAAUGCGUCGGAGUCAUCUAUCUUGCGUGAAAUCUGCGAGAAAAUAGCAGAUCAAAGUGAAUUUCUGAUUGAGAAGAAACUCGAGAAGUUGAUUGGACCUCUCCGAGAGGACGAUGAAAAGCUAUUAGUGAAAGUGAACAAUAUUUUCACAGCACUUGGAAUUGAAAAUGUUGAAAAUUUAUUGGAAGUUCAGCAGCACUUUCUUCAGUAUGCGUAUUGCGCACAUUGUUCGCAGAAACAUACGGAAAUUUCAACUCAGGAGAGUCACGAGUGUGAGAACUCUGCUGAUUCCGUUCAUGAGCUUGUGUUGGAGAUGCCAAACGUUCUCUCUGUCCUCAGAGAGUUUAUGGAGGAACAUAAGGAUGAUGACAUCACCGAGAAUGAUCCAGAGAUCACGUCUAAAAUGCGAUUGACUCUGUCGAGAUUGCUGGAUCCUGCGGAAGUGCGCAACUUCUGGCAACAAUUUCGUUGUGCUUUUCCCGAGGAGAAGGAACGCUUAUGGCAAGGACUGGAAUAUGGGCUAACAGAGUAUCUAAAUGUACUCAGGGAGCGAGAAAAAUUGGAUUCUGAGUGUGGUCAAUUGAGACGACAAAAUGAGGAGCUCCGUCACCUGCUGCAGAAAUACGUGGAGGGCUGCGAGAAUUCAAAUGAUGGUUAA